AUGCUUAGAGAACCGGCGAAGGAUUUACUGCUCAAUAAGGCAUCUGAUGGGAUCCUGCCUUCUGGUAUGGGGCACCAGCACCAUGCUAUCUUCUCAAGGUCGCUGGAGGUUCUAUCGAGGACGCUCCGACGCGACAUGUACAGCCUACGUGCCCCAGGGUUGCCCAUCGAUCAAGUCUCCCCGCCUGACCCUGACCCAUUAGCUUCGACCCGAUAUCCUUGUAUCUACUGGGUUGACCAUCUCGGUGACUCGAAUCCCACGCAGGGGAUGAGACAUGGCGAGGCUUCGCAGAACGGCGGUGUCGUCCACACUUUCCUCAGAAAGAAGUAUCUGUAUUGGUUAGAAGCUCUCGGUCUGUUGCAUGUUCGAGACGCGCGUCGAUUUAUUCUUUCCCACAAACGGGCAGUAGAGAUUGCUCCGUUGCAAGUAUACGCAUCAGCCCUCGUGUUUAGUCCUCCCCGCGGCUUAGUGAGAGGGCUUUUCAAGGAGGAAGUACCGGAAUGA